CUCCCAUUCUCAUAAGCCCUUUACAAUUCACCACGUGGGAUCGGUCUCCAUAUUAUUACAUUUUUGGCGUGCUUUCGAAAUACUGCAACAGGCCAGUGAGGCCACUGGUUCCAUCCUGACAGGGCGGACGCAUGUGGUCAGUGUCUGGAUUAACCGCACAACCUUUCUGAAGUGACCACUGCGUACACGCACUUCCUUCUUUUUCCAAGCUGUCAUUCUGGUAAACGACGCGUUCCUGUCUUGGGACCCUCCUAUCGCUCAGAUUGAAACGGCGUCAGGACAACACGAUUUGUGAGAUUAAAAAGGAGCGUUUCGGAGCACACAGGAAUCAGACAUUUUGGGCGGUCUCACUCACACACGCGAGGCGAGAUUUCGUGGAAGAGGAAUAUCUCGGGUUUCCGCGUGCGGCUUUUUGCGUUGGUGGAGAUCAGCUGGCCAUUCUCAGAGCUGAAAUAUGGAAUGUGUUCCCCUGCAGGCCCAGAGAAACUCUCUUCUGACUGAACCCCAAACGCCCAGUUAGCACUCGGCUGCCCCCCCCUCCCCUUUCCCUUCCUCGUCCCAGAGAGCUCCUGCACCGGAGAGCACAGGAGAGCACAGGGUCCUCCUGCACAGCCAGAGGAGCACAGAGAGAGAGAGAGAGAGAGAGAGUCUGUUAGCGGAACGCCCUUUCUGAGCGAGCGCAAGGCCUCACACUACAUUUCGGCGUAGACGUUGGACCGCGCGAGGAGGCGAAGAUGGAGAUGGAGUCGUACCUGUGGAUGGUGGUGGUGGGCUUCAUCAUCGCCUUCGUCCUGGCCUUCUCCGUGGGGGCGAACGACGUGGCCAACUCCUUCGGCACGGCGGUGGGCUCGGGCGUGGUCACCCUGCGGCAGGCCUGCAUCCUGGCCUCCAUCUUUGAGACGCUGGGCUCCAUGCUGCUGGGCGCCAAGGUGGGCGAGACCAUCCGGAAGGGCAUCAUCGACGUCAACCUGUACAACGACACCGUGCCCGUGCUGAUGGCCGGGGAGGUCAGCGCCAUGGUCGGGUCUGCUGUCUGGCAGCUCAUAGCUUCCUUCCUGAAGUUGCCCAUUUCCGGGACGCACUGCAUUGUGGGAUCCACCAUCGGGUUCUCUAUGGUGGCCAUUGGCACUAAGGGUGUGCAGUGGAUGCAACUGGUGAAGAUCGUUGCUUCCUGGUUCAUCUCUCCUCUCCUCUCUGGUCUGAUGUCUGGGUUCCUGUUCUUCCUGAUCAGAUACUUCAUCUUGAACAGGGACGACCCUGUUCCCAACGGCCUACGCGCUCUACCUCUGUUCUACGCCACCACCAUCGGCAUCAACACCUUCUCCAUCAUGUACACUGGAGCUCCCCUACUGGGUCUGGAGAUGCUGCCGGUUUGGGCGAUAGCGCUGAUAACGCUGGCAGGUGCGCUGCUGUGUGCAGCCGGCGUCUGGUUCUUAGUGUGCCCGUGGAUGAGAAGGAAAAUCGCAAGUCGGCUGAAGAAGGAGCAGGCCCUGUCCCGCAUUUCGGACGAGAGCCUGGAUAAGAUCCCGGAGGAGGAGGAGGUGCCGGUGUUUAAGGAGCUGCCGGGGGCGAAGGGCGGAGACGAGGCUGUGGUCCCCCUGACUGGCCGAGCGGCCGAGGCUUCGGCUGAGCUGAGCGGCUUAGCCAAUGGGGGCACAGUGCUGCCCAAUGGGCGGGUCUAUGGGAGGACCCACUCCAUGACCAAUGGCUGCCUGAAGUCCCCGGUGUCCAACGGCAGCUUCUCGUUCGACGGGCACAUGCGCAGCGACGGGCAGGUCUACCACACGGUGCACAAGGACUCCGGCCUGUACAAGGACCUGCUGCACAAGAUCCACCUGGGUCGCCUGGACGACGACGGCGGGCCCCGGCCGGCCAUCGAGAACUACCGCGCGCUGCGCCGCAACAACAGCUACACGUGCUACACGGCCGCCAUCUGCGGCAUGCCGGUGCAGCCGCUGCUGCGCAGCGAGAGCGCCGCCGCCGCCGCCGCCGCCGAGGACAGCGAGAAGCUGGUGGGCGACAGCGUCUCGUACUCCAAGAAGCGCGUGCGCUACGACAGCUACUCCAGCUACUGCAACGCCGUGGCGGAGGCGGAGAUCGAGGCGGAGGAGGGCGGCGUGGAGAUGAAGCUGGCCGCCGCCGGCCCCCUCGGCGGGGCGGAGCCGCUGGACGACCCCGCCGACGAGGACAAGGAGGAGAAGGACAAGCCGCAGGUCUUCCUGCUCUUCCACUUCCUGCAGAUCCUCACCGCCUGCUUCGGCUCCUUCGCCCACGGAGGCAACGACGUCAGUAACGCUAUUGGCCCCCUGGUGGCGCUGUGGAUGAUCUACGAGCAGGGCGGGGUGAUGCAGGAUGCUGCCACGCCCAUCUGGCUGCUGCUGUAUGGGGGUUUGGGAAUCUGUGCUGGUCUGUGGGUGUGGGGGCGCAGGGUGAUUCAGACCAUGGGGAAAGACCUGACCCCCAUCACCCCCUCUAGUGGGUUUUGCAUUGAAGUAAUGAGUGCUCUAACUGUGCUUGUUGCCUCAAAUGUGGGCAUCCCAAUAAGUUCCACUCACUGCAAGGUGGGCUCGGUGGUGGCGGUGGGCUGGAUCCGGUCCCGGAAGGGGGUGGACUGGCGGCUGUUCCGGAACAUCUUCCUGGCCUGGUUCGUCACCGUGCCGGUGGCCGGCCUCUUCAGCGCCGCCGUCAUGGCGGUCUUCGUGUACGGCAUCCUGCCCUUCGUCUGAACGCCCCGCCCGAGGAGGGAGGGAGGGAGGGAGGGAGGGGCGGAGGGGAGAGAGAAUGAGAGUGUGGGAUCACGCGCUACCUGGAAGACCUCCAGAAUAUUUGGGUUCUGUCUUUUUUAUUUUACUUUGGGCUGUUAUUUAUUUUAUUUCGGCCUCUUACGUAAGAAACACGGUGCACACCAAAUAAGUUUAAUCUUCCAGUUCUCCCUGCUGUACAGACAACAGUAUGUGUGCGAGUUAUGAUUUAUCAUUUACGGUUAGGGUGUGUGUGUGUGUGUGUGUGAGAGAGAGUGAGUGUUAGAGAGAGUGUGAGAGUCGGUAUACACUAAAAUGAAAGGGUUCAAUUAAAGUAAUACAGUUAACAAGGUUGUGUGUUUAUACACACGUGUGCACAUUCAUUGACAGACAUGGCACGUAUUGCAGCUAUAUAUAGAUGAUAUAUGCACAUACUUAUUUAAUCAGUUUUAUUGCUGUUGUACUGAACAGCGUAGUGGCCCUGAAGCAGCUGUAAAUAUUACAUCAUCUCCUGUGGGAUGGCCCCGCCCUCCAUGCCAGUUGCAAUGGUAAUGGUACGACUCCACACCAUUGGGUCAGGGGGAGUUAAUUGGAUUGUGCGAUGCAUUACUGUAAUUGUAGUUUUUCAGCUCUCUGUUGCCAUACACAGUAAAAGAGGUAUGCAAGAGGUUAUGUGUGUUUUAAGAUGGAUUUCAUAUUUUAAUAAUGUAUUAUACUGUAAUUUCUACUGUAAAUACUUUCCUCUGUGUUUUUUUUUUCUUAUCCUUUUGUUUUUGGCUCCAUUUUUUCAUUUUGGGGAGGGUCUCCACACGAUGCAUCCCAUGAUGCAGUUGUGCAGUAAUGCAUGUAAGAUAGGGAGGGUGGGGGGGGGGGUGGGCAGCAUUGACCUGUUACAUCUGCCUCGCUGACUGACUGACAGUCCUUGGUCUCUCACACACCGUGACAUCAGCACACUGACACUCGCACACGCUCACGUUUUUAUUAAAUUCAUAUUUGAAUUGGGCCUUGUCAUUAUUAAGUGAAAGAUGCCAUUUCUUUCAUGUUAUGCAGUGCGGUUUUCCCUGGGAUGGUGUGAGCGGUGCUAACGUGCUAGCGUCAGACAGGUGACGCACGCUGCACCCUACAGAACACAAUUUCUGCCCUUAAAAAGAAACGUUUUACCAAAGGUCCGGAAGAAUGUUUCGCCACCAGUGCUCCUGGAAAAAAAAAA